AUGCUCAGGAGCACGGAGCGGCCCGCUGAGUGCGGAGGUGAGGGCGGGCGCCCCUCGAUCGGGAAGGUGCGGGCAGGGACCCGGGCGGCGGCCCAGCGGGACCAGGAGCGCGGAGCAGGGGCCUGGGCGCUCCCUGUGGACCGGCUCAGUGCUGUUGUGCGAAGCUCGCCAAUCCCUGGCCGUUGCCACGGCGACGGAAUCUGGAAACCCCGCCCCCAGUUGCCAUGGCGGCACCCGGACCUGCCCCGGCUUCCUAAAGCAGACAUGGCCAGCCAAGACUUCUGGUAAAUGUAGUUUAUCGAGCUCCGAAGGGCCGGCUCGAUCGCUAAGGCCCAGCUUUCUCCUGAGGUUUCGGUUGACUUGGAAUCUUGAGGAGUGAAGGAUAGACUCCCAGGAUCAGACGGCCUUCGAACCCGAAUUCACACCAUCAAUAAACUCAGAUUUCUUCACAAAUCUUGCACUUUACCUCCUGCUGCAGAAGGAGCAGCGCGAGUGGAGGGGAAGUUGGGGGACCGUCCCCCUUUGCAGAUGGGGAAACUGAGGUUCCCAGAGAGACAGCGACAUGCCAAGGGUGGACACCGGCCUCAGAGCCCCAGCCUGGACUCUGCGAUGAGGCCCGCAGCCCUGGGCUCCCCAGGCCACGCGCCCCCAGAGGAUGAGGGACCUGUCACGGUGAAGCUGGAGGACUCUGAGGAGGAGGGCGAGGCUGCUCCAUGGGAUCCCGGCCCAGAGGCUGCACGACGGCACUUCCGGCACUUCCGCUACGAGGAGGCAGUGGGGCCCUGCGAGGCCCUGGCCCGGCUGCGGGAGCUGUGCCGCCAGUGGCUACGGCCCGAGGUGCACUCCAAGGAGCAGAUGCUGGAGCUGCUGGUGCUGGAGCAGUUCCUGGGCGUGCUGCCGCCUGAGAUCCAGGCCCGCGUGCAGAGACAGCAGCCAGGCAGCCCUGAGGAGGCCGCUGCCCUGGUGGAGGGGCUGCGCCGGGAGCCAGGAGGGCCCCGGAGAUGGGUCACAGUCCAGGUGCAAGGCCAGGAGGUGCUAUCGGAGAAGGUGGAGCCCUCCGACUUCCAGCCCCUCCCUCAGACCACGCCUCCAACUCCAGACCCUGGGCUUGAGAUGCCCCCUAGGGCCACACCGGAGUCACUGCUGGGCCUUCGGGUGAAGGAGGAGCCUGAGGUCACAGAGGACCCAGAGCUUCUGGAUUCUGGGACUCUACCCAAACCCCAGGAGGCCACCUCCACGUUCCUACCCAAGGAGGCCCAGGGCUGUGACAUGGCACCGGACCAGGCUUCUCCCCAAAGUGAGACUGGGCCUGAGGGGCCCUCAUGGAGGGAGCACCCCAGGGCCCUGUGGCAGGAGGAAGCCGGACGCAUCUUCUCCCCAGGGUUUACGCUUCGGAUGGGCAGUGUCUCUGUUGGCCAAGGCACAGUGAGCCCCCACCUCCACAUCCCCUGGGACCUCGGCAUGGCCAGCCUCACCGGCCAACUGGAGUCGCCCUCCUGCGAAGGUGGCCUUUCACAGGCGGUGGUGCUCCGCAGCGACCCAGGAGGUGAGCAGGACCCCAGAGACGAUCCCUGCCAGGGUGCAGGCCGGGGGCUGGCCGCUGCUCGCUGGUGCGCCCCCAGGGGCCGGGGCCGAGGUCGCCCCAGCACGGGCACCGGAGCCGUACGAGGCGGCCGCUGCGAUGUGUGCGGGAAGGUAUUCAGCCAACGCAGCAACCUGCUGAGGCACCAGAAAAUACACACUGGGGAGCGACCGUUUGUGUGCGGGGAGUGCGGCCGCAGCUUCAGCCGCAGUUCGCACCUGCUGCGCCACCAGCUCACGCACACCGAGGAGCGCCCGUUCGUGUGCGGUGACUGUGGCCAGGGCUUCGCGCGCAGCGCGCGCCUGGAGGAGCACCGGCGCGUGCACACGGGCGAGCAGCCCUUCCACUGCUCCGAGUGCGGCCAACGCUUCCGGCAGCGCUCCAACCUGCUGCAGCACCAGCGCAUCCACGGCGACCCCCCGGGCCCAGGCGCCGCGCCCCCCGCGCCCCCCGGCGCGCCCGAGCCCCCAGGCCCCUUCCCGUGCAGCGAGUGCCGCGAGAGCUUCGCACGGCGUGCCGUGCUGCUGGAGCACCAGGCGGUGCACACCGGCGACAAGUCCUUCGGCUGCGUGGAGUGCGGCGAGCGCUUCGGCCGGCGCUCGGUGCUUCUGCAGCACCGCCGGGUGCACAGCGGCGAGCGGCCCUUUGCCUGCGCCGAGUGCGGCCAGAGCUUCCGGCAACGCUCCAACCUGACGCAGCACCGGCGCAUCCACACGGGCGAGCGGCCCUUCUCCUGCGCCGAGUGCGGCAAGGCCUUCCGCCAGCGGCCCACGCUCACGCAGCACCUGCGCGUGCACACGGGCGAGAAGCCCUUCGCCUGCCCCGAGUGCGGCCAGCGCUUCAGCCAGCGGCUGAAGCUCACUCGCCACCAGCGGACGCACACGGGCGAGAAGCCUUACCACUGCGGGGAGUGCGGCCUGGGCUUCACGCAGGUCUCGCGGCUCACGGAGCACCAGCGCAUCCACACGGGCGAGCGGCCCUUCACCUGCCCCGAGUGCGGCCAGAGCUUCCGGCAGCACGCCAACCUCACGCAGCACCGGCGCAUCCACACGGGCGAGCGGCCCUACUCCUGCCCCGAGUGCGGCAAGGCCUUCCGCCAGCGGCCCACGCUCACGCAGCACCUGCGCACCCACCGGCGCGAGAAGCCCUUCGCCUGCCAGGACUGCGGCCGCCGCUUCCACCAGAGCACGAAACUCAUCCAGCACCAGCGCGUCCACAGUGCGGAGUAGCCUGUGCGCGCUGCACCCCGUCCCCCCGCCCCCGCCGCCUUCACCUCGGCCCUCGGCGCGGAGGCAGGUGCAGAACGGCUGCCUCGCGGGGUUGUCGUGAGGCCUGCCAUCGGUCGCAUGGGUACGAGCCGGCCCUCUUGGGGCCUGGUGCCCAAGACGUGCUCAGUAAACAGAACACGGAACCCGC